AUGCCAGAUAACCACUUGGAAGACAAAACACAGAAGGGAGGAUGGACCCUGAGGAUGGUGGCUAUCACCUGUGUGGCCUAUUUAAUUAUCCCGGCCAUGUCGUACGCCAUAGCCUGUCUGAACGCUCCCAGCCAGCUCAUCAAGAUCUUCAUGAAUGAGACGGAACAAGAGAGAACUGGGGAGCCGUUUACAGAGUCGCAAGUUGAAUCGAUGUAUGGUUUACUGGUGGCGGUGAUUGGUAUCGGUGCUGGCUUUGCUUCAUUGACUGCUGACAGUAUUGCUGAUCUCAUUGGCAGGAAGUAUGCUCUGAUCAUGUCUGCAGUCAUUGGAAUCGUAGGCACCCUGCUAAUGGCACUGUGUACCGUCGGCAAAUCUUACGAGAUGCUGUUUGUUGGGCGGGCAGUCAAUGGAUUAGCUCUAGGAUGGGGUCUCAGUCUCGCCCCGCCUUAUAUUAUGGAGAUGUGUCGAUCUCAUCAAAAAGGAGCAGCGGCCAUGGCUAACAUUGUCAGUCAAAGUUCAGCUUUCUUUAUAGCUCAAGUGUUUGGAUAUGAAGAGUUGCUAGGCAACACCGACUAUUGGCCAUAUUUGAUUGGCUUCCCGAUUAUCUUACUGGGCCUACAGUUGAUCCUGCUGCCGUUCUGUCCACAAAAUCCUAGAUAUUUGCUGGUCAAGAAAAACGACGAGGCGGGCGCUAUUAAAGCUUUACGGAUAAUUCGAGGGAGCGAGGAUGUGAAUGAGGAUCUGAAAGAAAUCCGUCAAGAAAUGGCAGAAUCGACUACAGAAUCGCAGAUUUCAUUCUUCAAGUUAUUUGUGACACCCUCAAUGAGGAGGCCUUUAAUAAUCGCUAUCGCCAUGGGACUCCAGCAGAACUGGUGUGGAAUGAAUGGGAUUCUUUUCUUCUCCGAUACAUUGUUUAAGGAAGUCGGAGUGACAGGUCGAAGUUCCAGGUAUGCUACAUCUGGUACCGGAGGCGUCUUUCUCUUGGGCUGCAUCGGAGCGACUUAUCUAGUCACCAAGUUUGGACGCAAAACCCUGUUUGUGAUCGGAACAGCCGCCAUUGGAAUUUUUUGUGCGGUGUUUUCUCUCACUUGUGUCUUUCAGAAUGAUGCCUCAUUUCUGAAGUACGUGAACAUUGUGGUAGCUCUACUCAUCAUGGUUUCCUACGCUCUUGGUCCAGUGUCUGUGUUCUGGGUGAUCCUCGGUGAGCUGUUUCCUCACAGUGCCCGGGGAGCUGGCUUUGGCGUGGCCAUUUUGUGUGCGUUUAUUGGCUUCUUCGCACACUGUUACGCCUUACCUGCGAUGAAUGAAACCAUGUCGGCAUACACAUUUUUCGUCUUUGCUGGUAUCGACGCUGCCAUGGUAGUCUUCUGCAUCUUUUUAAUGCCGGAGACGAGGAAUCGAAGUUUUUCUGAAAUGAUACAAGGUUGGGCAGUACCAGAACUUAGUGAAGUGCAAUCGCCCCCAAGUAUCUCUGUGGCCACCAUCUCCUCGAACACACAGAUAGAACCCGGUACAAGUGUGGUUGCUUUUGAUCACCAUGAACUCAGUAAAACGGGCGAAAGGAAUAUAAAUAAUGAUGUUGUCAUGUGA